AAUUUCCGUGUUUUUCCCGGCUCGAGUCUGCGCAGUAGAGGCAGAUUAGAACAGGAAUGACCUGUCGUUCCACUGACAUGUAGAGCAAACUUGCAUCUUUGUUACAUUUUCUCGAAGCAUUUCCGCAUAGAAACCAUGGCUGGUCCUCAAAAAGACCAGAAAUUCUGCUUACAGGAGGUGCUCGAUACUUUCAAGUUGUGUUUGUCGGAGAAAAAAGACAUCUAUCUUGAACACUACGUCGCUGGGUGGCGUGGUCUUGUAAAGUUUCUGAACUGCUUGGGCAGUGUGUUUGGCUUCAUUUCCAAGGAUGCUGUCAACAAGAUCAAUAUCCUGGUCACUCACCUGCAAGGUGAGAACGGCUCUCAGUAUGUCACUGUCCAGUCAAUGGUCAAAUACGAGCUGGACAAUGACCUGGUGGACCUGACCAAGAGUGUCAGUCACCCAGAGUCAGGCUGCCGGACCUUGCUGAGGCUCCACCGGGCACUGAGGUGGCUGGAGCUCUUCCUGGAGCGCCUCCGCACCAGCAGCGAGGACAGCAAGACGUCCGUCAUGUGUUCAGAGGCCUACAAUGAGUCUCUUUCCCAGCAUCACCCUUGGGUGGUGCGCAAAGCUGCAGGCAUGGCCUUCUGCGUGCUCCCAGGGCGCCCUGCUUUCUUAGAAGUGAUGAAUGUGGGCCCCCCCGAGCAGGUGGUGGCCAUGCUAGGGGAAGCUGUGCCUCUCAUCUCUGAGGUGUACCAGAUCACAGAGGAACUCUACGCUCAACAAAACCUGCUCGACUUACCAUAGAGAGACAAAACUGCCAUUAUAUGCAACUUCAUACAUUACAUCAUUAAAUAUGAUAUAUAUAUAUAUAUAUAACUAUAUAUGCUAUAAGUGCUGUUAAUUAUUAUAUAUGUGUAUAAUGGACUUUGAUUUAAUUCCACUUUUUCAAGAUGUAUCUGAAUAUAAUUUAAGUACAUGAAGGGGAGCAGUUGGGCCCAGAAGUCUUUGCUCACUCAGUAGCUGUUUGAAUUAUUUAUUUACUAAAAAGCAAAAUGAAAUGAAUCUGCAAAUAUUUUGACAAUUAUCCAAGAAAUCUUCUUAAGCAGAAACACUAAAUAUUUGAUGGUUUCAGGUUCUA